AGUGUCAGGCCUGAACUUCACCAGACUCUCAGUGUCUUCGCGCGAUUGACGCGAACCCUUUGAUAUUGUUGCCUUCGUGAAAUCACUGCCUCAAUCUUCUCUGACGCUGGAUCGCGCAACGGGCCUAGCUUCCCACUGACUAUGCACUGCCUUCCUGAGAGUGUCGCGUUACAAGGUUAAUUAUCGCUCUUGCGGAUCUGAAGGUCGCCUCGACCAUCCAGCCUCACCGGAUUUUGAGCCCCUGCGUUCGCAGCCUGUGAGUCUGUCAAUCAGCUCAAUCCGCUCAAUCAGCCAUGGAAAACGACCCAUUCGCCCGGAUGCCGAAUCUCGGUUCCUACCGCCGAAACCAUAUGGUGGAUCUAACUGAAGCAGGUGUGCGCCAUCCAGAGCUGAACGGAAGGGUCAUCAUCGAACUCUCAGACGACGAAUCCGAGCCUGAACGACAAAUCAUGGAGUCUCCCCCUGGGCGUCCUCCCCAAAGACAAUUUUCCCGCGAUGGUUACGCCCGAUCCCGCCCUAGGUAUAUUGAGAGCGAUCUACCGAUCCAUGGAGAAAGAUCCAGUCCCUCAGGAAGCCCUCAAGCUCACAAGCGUGCAAAGACCGAUGCGAACAAGAAUGGCAUCCAUGAUAAUACAGACUUUCACCGCCACCACGUUCAUAAUCACGAGCAACACGGUGUGCCCUCUUGCCACACCCUACCAAUUGUACCAGUACGCUCUCAAAUCGACGGGGCUGGAGCGGAUAUGCACCAGCAGCCAAGGAACUUCCAGCGAGAAGACCAAGGUGCGCCCUCUCACCACCCGCCAAAGCCGCAGAUUAAAAACGAGAAAUCGCGCGAACAACCACCCUACUACGUCGAUGGUCGCUUUGAGGUGAAGAUGUACAACGGACCAGGAUACGAGCGAUUCCCAGUCGCGCUAGGCACUGUAAAAGGACAUCAGGACAUCUGCGACAAAUGGGAUGUAGAACAGACCAAGAACUUGGAGAGGGAAGCAGCAAAGUUGCAGCGGACUAUCAAAACCUCAUACAACAUUUCUGGAGAGCGUGACGCGCUUGACGAGGCCGAUCGCGAGCUGGAGGCUGGCAGAGAUUAUGAAGAACAGUGUCUCAAAAAUGUGCUCGAGGUGUUCCCUGAUAUCGAAGUCGCCUUUGUGAAGAAGAAAAUCGAAACCUGCUCGGCACAAGAAUACCCAGAUCCGGGGGAUGAGGUGAUCGAAAUCGACGUAACGCCUCUUGCUGAGAAAAUUGUUGCCGAAAUCCUGGAGAUGGAGUCAUACCCAAAAGAAGACAGUUCGAGUUCGGUGAGCGGUGGCCACGCUGCGCCAGAUGACGGUACAGGCAUCACAAUAAGCUGGGAUCGAGACCUCCCGAAGGACGGAAUGUACAUGAAAGACGCAGUCAUCUUGCUGGCGAAAUCCUUCGAUCACGUCCCGACUUGUUACAUUCACAAAGUUGUGGAGCAGAAGAAGUCGAUUUACCACGCCUACGUUCACAUCCAUGGAAUGGAGGAGCAGUUCUACACGUUGCCAAAACGCCCAUAUCCGCGCUUACGACAACCGCGGAAGGACAUCGAGAAGAAAUAUCUCCUUGCUGUCACUGACCGGCGCAUACCAUACCAGUACGCUAAUCGCAUCAAUGAGCUUCAGGCUGCAAGACAGCAUGUCGCCCGGGCGGCUAUUCAGGAGGCAGCAAAAAAGGCAAAGCAGGAAGCCGAGGCUGCCAAUCUGCUAUGGCACAUAGAGAAUGGUGCACUUGCUGAAUGCCAAUGUUGCUUCGAUGGAGAGAUUCCGCUCAAUCGUGUUGUACCUUGCAUGGCCGACCAGCAACACUACUUUUGCUACGGCUGUGUCGAAGGCCUGGCAAAUAAUCAGGUGGGACUGAUGAAGUACGAGAUGAAGUGUAUGGACUCUACUGGCUGCACUGCCGACCUUGUGAUGGAGGAUGUUGGAAAAGCUGUGCCGAUCUUGAUAUUUGACCGUCUCGAGAUGAACAGACAGCAAGCCGAGAUCAUGGCCGCUAGCAUCGACGGUCUCGAGAAAUGCCGAUGGUGUGCCUACCAAGCUAUCUGUGACACUGUGGAAACGGACCCUGUGUUCGUUUGUCUGAAUCCAGAGUGCAAGCGCACCACGUGCCGAAAGUGUAACCGAGACAGUCAUUUGCCGAAGACUUGCGAGGAGAGCAAGCGAGACAACGACCUCGGUGGACGCCAUCGCAUCGAGGAAGCCCGAUCGGAGGCGAUCAUGCGAAAAUGUCCGAACAAGAAGUGCGCAGUCAAAAUCAUCAAGGAACUUGGGUGCAACAAGAUGCAGUGCUCCAGCUGUCAAACCAGACUGUGUUACGUGUGCAACGAGGAUCUUACACAUCUAGGGCUCAACCCCUACUGGCAUUUCAACAAACCGGGGGCCAAAUGUCCUCUGUAUGACCACGAAGGUGUCAACCGCCACGAUGCGGAAGCCAUGAAAGCGGAGCUGAAAGCGAUCAAGGAAGCAAAACAAGUCAAUGCCGAGCUUGACGAAACCCAACUGCGCGUCGAGUCCGGUAAACCACAGAAGCCAAAAUUGGACGAUCAUCCAGCAGCAAAUACGGUCUACCGUGAGAUGAACAAUCGCCUCGGGCGUCUGGACUAUCGACAGCGUCGGGUUCAAGAGUUGCGGGAGCGCAUUGCUAUCAUGCAGACUCUGGUGCCAGAUCCCCAGCUGGAGGCCGAUCUGGCGCGGAUUCACCACGAGGAGCGGCACCGGCAGGGUCGCAUGCCGAAUGUGCAACCUCCAAUCAUAGGCAUGCCCCAGUUGAAUCAAUUUCAUCAGCAGGCGGCGAAUGUUGUCAACUUCAUGCCACCCUUGCCACCCAUGCCACCCAUGGGUCCAGGUAAUGCUCCAGCGCCUUUGCCAGCGGCUUUUGCAGAAUAUGGAGUCCAAACCCCACACCUACGAAUGGGCAUGGGAUUGGGACCCUUUGAGCAUCAACCACAUCAUCGUGCAGGCAAUCAGGCAUGGGCGAAUCCGAACAACAUGCAAGCUCCUCAAUAUGCAGGCCAAGGGAUUCUGUAUCCUGACCUUGUCCGCCAUGGUGCGCCCGCCGAUUACCAAGUCCCGAAUUAUGGUCAGCAAGGACCGCCCUUCGGCCCGCCUCCUGGUUAUCGUCGUCGCUGAGCAUUUGAUGACAUGACCGUGUCGAUGGACUACCGGACGAUCGAAGAUACUCGUUCAUCUCAAUCAGCGGCUUCGGCGACAUGACGAAGGCUUUCCCUUAUCCCUCUGUUCACAAUUACCCGGGCUUACGGGCCAUCUCACGUUCUUGGUUUUUCCUUUUCUUUUCGGAACGCAGUGACAAAGGCGACAGGCUGCGACAGGCUUCGUUGGCUGGCUUGGAAGCUGGACCAAGUCGAGCAUGAACAUGUGCUAGGCAAAAUGGAGAUUGGCGUUUCAUUGUCUUCAGAGCUGGGACAGAUCGCCCUCAGAAUGCAUUAUCGGGUCGGAUGAGCAUGGUUUAUGUAUUUCUCGGCGUUAUUAUGCUAAUGUCGUUUUCAUGGGACACAGGACCAUACUAUCAGCAAGUGAAGGCUGCCACUGCAGUCACUUGAGAGGGAGCUAGAGAGCGGGCUGAGUCAAAAUUGCCAUGAAAAGGGCUUCCCAUAGAAUGGGAUAAU